UAGCUAAUCGUUCGUAUCGUAGCUACACAUCUCCACCACUCGUUGACCAGCUAUCUUCCUCUUGCCUUCCUUGCUGAGACUUGGAGUUCAACUUCACAGUCAAAUUUGCCAGCCAGUACACACCCCACAAUGCCCAUCUCCUAUAUAUACAAGCUUAAUUAAGCUCAUCGUCGCUCAGCAUCAAGAAGCUAAUUAACCCAAGCAACUAGCUAUCUAGCUUAGCCUCGCUAAACCAACACCAUCGUAAAAAUCUCUUUGAUAGUUGACAUCGAGGCAGUGAUUAAUUAAGUAGCUAGCUAGUUACAGGCACAAGGAGAGAAACACCAAUGGCAUCAAUGGCGCCAUCGGCAAUGGUGCUCAUCGUCCUCCUCGUCCUGGUGGUUCUCCCGUCGAGCACUCUGUGCUCACGGGCGGGGCCUUCUUCCAAGCACGGCCAUGGCGGUGGCCACGCCAAGCGCGUGCCGCCACCGGCGUCGGUACCGCCGCCGCCGCCGCCGCCACCAGCGCCGGCGGCGCUGGUGCGUGCCACCUGCAACUCCACCUCCUACUACGACCUCUGCGUCGCCGAGCUGUCCGCCGACCCGUCGAGCGCCACGGCCGACGUGCGCGGACUGUCGUCCAUCGCCGUCUCCGCCGCCGCCGCCAACGCAUCCGGGGCGGCGCAGGCGGCCUCGGCGCUGGCGAACGCGACCGACGCGGGGACGACGGCGGGCGUCGCCGGCGACGGCGGCGGCGCAGUCGUACAGAGGCUGCUCGCCACCUGCGCGGCCAAGUACGGCGACGCCCGCGACGCGCUCGCCGCGGCCAAGGGCUCGAUCGCGCAGCAGGACUACGACAUGGCGUCCGUGCACGUCAGCGCCGCCGCGGAGUACCCGCAGGUGUGCAGGACGCUGUUCGGGCGGCAGAGCCCCGGAGACUACCCGCCGGAGCUCGCCGCGACAGAGGUGGCGCUCAGGCAGCUCUGCUCCGUCGCGCUCGACAUCAUCGCGCUCCUCAGCUCAUCCAGCAACUAGCAGCUCUGCUUGUUACCGAGCUCAAGUUCACCCAACCAGCUAACUACUCGCAAUUCGUAUAGGUACAAAUGGUGCAAAUAUAGUACUGUAUAAUACUACUGCAUAGAAUACAUAUACGUGUAAUGACACGUAUUUAUCUUUUUUUUUUGCAAGGGGCACGUAUAUCAAUUAAUUGUGUGUCCCAAUUAAUUAGAGUCGAAUCCACUUGAUAUGUUCUUUUGUUAAUUUGUAUUAUCACUCCAUAGAGGAGUUGCUGUAGUAGUGCAAAAGGUACAUGCGGCCGCCGGCAGUAUGCAUGUAUUUCACUUCUGUUUCAGUAUAAUAAUGGCUAUUCAUAUUUGUUGAAUUAAAAUUA